GCGACCUUGUGACAGAAUUAAUUCAGAAAAAAAAACCAGUUAGACUAUUUUUUUUGUCUAUGAAUGAUAUUGAAUGUUUAUGCAAUCGAAACAGACAACAAUUAUAUAAGAAGUGAAAACAUGCUUUCAUUUUUAAUUAUUGUUUUACAUGUGGUUAGUGCAAGGUCAUCUUAUAGAGUUGAAAAACAAAUUCUAAAGGAUAAAAAUGGUGUGUCAGGAUCCAUCAAUCACUUUGUUCAUGAUAAUUUAACGAAUAUGUUUUAUGUUGGUGCUGUCAACCGUAUUUUCAAGUUGAGUCAAUCGUUAGAUGUUCAACAACAACACGUGACAGGCCCCGAACCAGACAAUCCCUUGUGUUUUGACUCUUCAUGUUUUGGAAAGACGAAAGAAUUUACCGAUAAUUACAACAAAAUUUUACUGCUUGAAACCAACACGAAUGGAAGUGAUCGUCUUGUUAUAUGUGGCAGUAUAUUUCAAGGUUUUUGUGAAUUUAGAGACUUACAAAAUAUUAGCAAAAAACUGUCUAUGAGAAUGCAUACAAAACUUGUAGCAAAUACAGAAACUGCAUCUACAGUGGGAUUGAUUGUAAAGCAAAAUCUGAAAGAAAAUAUUUUAUUCAUUGGAGCAUCAUACCCAAUUAGUCUCCAUUGUAAGAAUGAAGAUAAUAAGAGAGUGUCUUUUCAAAUACGUAGAGAUAUACCUGUUCUAAGUAUGAGGAAACUUACUCGUGAUGGUACUGCCUUCUCACUGUAUCAGGAAGCCUCAUUUGUUGAACAAAAGUCUCCUUCUGCACUAAAAAUAGUUUAUGAUAAAAUCAAUAAAUAUAUAAUUGAUUAUGUAUCAGCUUUUUCAAUUCAUGAAUAUACUUACUUUUUAUCAAAUCAGCCAUCUGAUUUAAACCAAAACUGUAAAACCAAUACAAAUUCCAAAUCCUUACAGUCUAGAAUAUCUCUGACCUGCAAUAGAGAUACUAACUUUUAUUCAUAUAUUGAUAUACCACUUACUUGUUUUGAAAAUAAAACAAACUAUAAUAUAGUGCGUGCAGGAAAAACUAUCAUUCCUAGUGAAUAUUUACGGGCUAUACAUGGAUUAUACGGUGAAAUUCUCGUAGCUCUGUUUGAAAAUCACAAUAAUGGAAAAUCGGAUUCUGCCGUUUGUAUAUUCACAAUUGAUAAAAUACAAAGGAAAAUGAAGAAAACCCUAAGAAAAUGUCAAAAAGGACGGGAAGCAAUUAAAGGAUCACACUUUGAUGAUGGUGCUUCUUGUACAUAUCGGGGAUCAGUGAAAGGAGUUCCACCUUCACUGUGCACUACCCAAAAGACUUAUUACGGAGGAAAAAAAUCUGGAGUGUUUGGUGCUAAAGUGAAACCUGCCAUUGUCUUCCAUAAUACUGCUUUGACUUCCAUUACACUUACCACAACUUCUAACUUCACUGUAGCAUUCCUUGGUACAUCAGAUGGACAUGUGAAAAGGAUCGUGAUAGAGAGCAAGACUAGAGCGAGGGAAUAUGACCAAGAGCUGGUUAUAGACGAGGGAAGUCCUAUAAACCAGGACACAUUCUAUGACUUUGACAAUAGAAUUCUGUAUCUUACAAGUCAGAGAUUGGUUGCUAAGGUACCUGUAGAAAAUUGUGGACAGUACGCCAGUUGUACAACAUGUUUAGCAAGUAAAGAUCCAUUUUGUGGCUGGUGCACCUUGGAAAACAGGUAUUGCAAUGAUUUUAUGGAACACAGUUUAAAAGAUCACUGA